AAUCGGAGUUAGACGCGUCAAUGUAAGUUCAUUGACAUUGUAUGUAGUCAUCGACUUCCUGUUCAUGCAGCUGGUAUUUGACUAUCUUAUCAAUAAAUAAAGGAUUUUCUACAGCAGUUUCUCUUCGCAUUGAACAGUUCAAUUGACAAUUGGCUAUACCUUUUGCUACAAAUCUUAUUCAGUGAUAGUGUCUGUGUGUUUCAAAUAUGAUGAUGGGUAUGGUAUUCACCUAUGGCUAUGUAUUCUUUCUUGGAAUUUUGAGAUACUCAAACGGCAUAGUGGUAUGCACAGAUGCCGAAUACACGAUUAAUGCAAAGACGGUUGCUCCCACAAUCUCUUACCAAGAGGCAACAGCAAUUUGUAAAGCCGAUGGGAAAGUACUUUGCGGUUCUAAUGUCAUAUGCAAAGGUGGCAGACCGCACAAUGGAUUUCUUUCUGGUGAUCACUGGGUACCCGUAAUUGACAGUUAUAACGAAUGGAUACAGAUUGGAAAUUCCAUUCAUGUCCCAUGCGUCCUCCACAGUUCCCUAGGCUUUAAACCAUCCUGGGGGUUAAAAAACACUGCCCGAGGCUAUAAGGGGAACCUGUUCUGCUGCAAGAAAAAAGACGCUGGUAUUGUGAUAAAGGCAGUCUCGAAUAAGAUUUUGUAUCAGGAAGCCGCCAAAAGCUGCCAAACAGACGGAAAACAACUCUGCGCUUCCCACGACAUAUGUAAAGGCAGUACACCUUACGGCGGACCACUUUAUGGAGAUCAUUGGGUGCCUGUAAAAGACAGCUCAAACGAAUGGUUGCAAAUUGGUAACUCACCACAUAAACCAUGUACCCUACACUCUCAUCUUGGAUUUAAGCCUGGCUGGGGAAUUAGUUGGACCAGACGAAGUUAUGGUUUCAAAGGAUAUGUGAUGUGUUGCAAGACAUAAAAAGCUAAUGUAGCUUGUAUGCAUGGUUUAAUGGUUCAAUGGGUUUUUUUAUUCAAUAUACUCCAUGAUUUAUAAACAUUUACUGUAGCUUUACCUACAUUAUAGCUUGUAUCACUUGUAUGCAUUCAGAAAAAAUGUAGAGCCCAACGCAAAUAAAGAAGAUAGAAAGCAAAAUUGUGCGCUGUCAAAAAUCUUGAUCAGUAAAUCAAGGUCCACUUUUGCACGCCACGCGACUACAACAUCA